AUGAGGAAACCUCUGUCCUCCACCAUGAUGCAUAUGACACGCACCCUGAGGAAACCUCCGUCCCACACCAUGAUGUAUGUGUCACAUUCCCUGAGGAAACCUCCGUCCUACACCAUGAUGUAUGUGACACAUUCCCUGAGGAAACCUCCGUCCUACACCAUGAUGUAUGUGACACAUUCCCUGAGGAAACCUCCGUCCUACACCAUGAUGCAUAUGACACGCACCCUGAGGAAACCUCCGUCCUACACCAUGAUGUAUGUGACAAGCCCCCUGAGGAACCAUCCUUCCUACACCACAGCGUACGUGACACGCCCUUUGAGGAAACCUAUGCCGUUCACCAUGGUGUAUGUGACACGCCCUCUGAGGAAACCUCCGUUCUGUACCAUAGUAUACUUGACACACCCCUGA